GGCCCGGCGUUCCCUUGGUCAGGGCGCUCCCCGCGGGCCGGGGUCGCCGCCAGCCCCGGCAGUGCGGGGCUGCCGAGUGGCGGCUGCGGCGCUGUGCGGGGCGCGGCGGGCGGGAGGCGUGGUGGCGGAUGAGCUGGGAAAAGCCACCGCCGGGGGACAUGCAGCGCCUCAGGGAGCUGCUGGACGGAGCGGCGGACCCCAGCCCCGUCAACUCCUACGGCAGGACCCCCAUGCAGGUGAUGAUGCUGGGCAGCCCGCGGGUGGCCGAGCUGCUGCUGCGGCGCGGAGCCGACCCCAAUCGCCCCGACCCGCGCACCGGCUGCCUCCCGGUUCACGACGCGGCCCGCGCCGGUUUUCUGGAGACCCUGGCUGUGCUGCACCGGGCCGGGGCGCGCAUCCACCUACCCGACGGCCGCGGCCGCCUGCCCCUCGACGUGGCGGCGGGGGGCCCGCACGGAGCGGUGGGGCGAUACCUGCGCGACCCGUGGCUCCACACCUAACCUCUCCCCGGGCGUCCCUUCCCCACAGUUACUGCGUGCGCCCGACUCGGAAGACACCAAGUCGCACAGUAAUCAUGCGAUGCUGUGGAAUAAUCCCAGAUCUUAUUUCCCUGUUGGCAUGCACAAAGGGAAAUAUUCUUUGCUCAUGCCCGGAUAUUAUCCUGCACUGGAAAUGCUAUGGCCCUCCGCAUGUACUCUCUUUCACACAAGACUCCAAACACUGAAGAGAAAUAUGAAAUAUGAAGUAUGAAAUAUGAAAUAAGAAAAUACUAAAUGUGAAAAUAUUAAAUAGCAAAUACUGAAUAUUAAAUAUGAAGGAAAAUCCCCACACACAGAUAUGGUACUAUAAACCCUUCCUUUGUUUUGAUAGGGCUGAGUCUGGACUUUCUCUUCCACAGGGGCUCCCCACUCACACUUGCUAGCCCUCCAUCUGAAGAACAUGGGAGAGGCUUCAGUGUUGCCAUGUCCCGACAGCUCCCUGUUUGAUUUUGGUUAACCUGAACUGAAGGGGUGCUGAAGCCUCUCUCUGGCAAAACCGGCUGGACAGAAGGAUCAGUGCUUCCUGGUGUGAUUGCAGCUUUGGUAAAUACCUCCUUAAACAGAUCCUGUGCAUGUCAGUACACAUAUCCACAGCGCAUCCUUGGCUCUCCUUGUGUAGGCUGCAAGCAUGGGACCUGGGAAGGAGAAAAUAGAGAUCUGUGUCUCUGCAAGCAAAGUCCCAAGUUGAAGUACUCAUUUUAACAACUUGCAAGUGACCUCACGUGUGUUAUAGUGCUGCUAAAAAAUCAUGUGAUUGUAAAACCAAGACAGCCAUAAAGAAAAAAUUAAAAGUCAUACAUCUGAGCUCAACCCCAGUGCUUCCCAAGAUGCUCAGAGGUGACACAUUCAGUAAAGAAACAAGCAAACCUUUGAAACAGUUCUUCUGCUGGUGGAGGAACAAGAAGAAGGGCUGUGUAUUGAUUAUGUGAGAGUCGAUGCAUGUUCCGCUGGCUGCUUCGGGGAGUUGGAUGUGAGCACCCCAGGAAAAAGGUACAUUGGCAGCCCAGCCUCUGCCGAGGGGAAAGGAGGCAGUGAGUCCCAAGCCCCCAGAGAACAGUGAGCUAGGCAGUGAAGCAGGUGGCAGGGACGGUGCUCCCAGCCAGCGUGGGACCCUGCCUCUCUCCCUGGAACCCAAGAGGGUUUGUGCUCACUGCACCUUAGGGGCAGUGAAAGGGAAGGCAGGUGAGGCAGUGACAAAGCUCAGGUCUUGUACCCUAGUGGUAAUCCUGGGCACGUUUGCAGAGCUACCUGUAGAAAAUGUGAAAAAGAUUUAUCUUGGUUUUGCAUUCCUACUGAUUAUCCAACCCCUAGGUAUCUCAUAUAUAAACAUGAAAAAUAAUGUAUAUACCUUUUUUUUUAAUGUGUUGGAAUAUCUUAUUUAUUAUAAUGUAAUUUCAUACAAUGUAUGCUUUAUAAUUACUUUGUAUCUGUUAU